GCACUCGCCAGCUGCGGGGUCCCUAAAAUCCCCGAGGACGCCACCUUGGGGCCCCGGGUGGAAGACCUGGACUUGUCCCAGAACAACCUCCGAAGCUUGCCGGACGGUUUCCUGAGCCGCGCCGCCAAGUUGAGGAAGCUCCGCCUGUCGGACACCGGCCUGCUGGAGCUGCCUCCCCAGUUCUUCGCCAAUGCCUCCAGGCUGCAGGAGCUGCGGCUGGAGAAGAAUGCCCUCCGCUCGGUGCCAACCGGGGCGUUCCACGGCUGCCUGGAGAAACUCGGCGUGGAUUGCCAGUGCCCUGUGGCCCGGAGUGUCCUGUCCUAUUGCCAAAACUGCUCCGCCGAGACCGAAUGCCAUUGCUUCACCUCGGAAGGCCGGGCCCAAAACGUGACCAGCUUCCACGCCAAGCAGUGCCAAGGCAUGCCCGGUUCGCUCUAUGCCGCCAUCCUGAUGCCCAUCAUAGCUGUGGUCCUCCUCGCCGGACUGGCUUACUUCCUGAUCCGGAGGAAGCGGACGGCUGCUAUCAGCCAUGACAAGAGGGGCUCCACUGCCUCCGAGGGGGUCCACGGGCAACCGCGGUACAUCAGCCACUCCGGCCCGCAGGGCGACGGGGGCCACGUCGGCCACGCCAACUACGAAAACAUCGACCACGGGGCCGGAGCCAGGCAAGGCAAACGGCGGGCCAGCAAGCCGUCGGCGAGCAGGCUGAGCCCCGAAGGCCCUGAUCCGGACGCCCCCCACGACGACCAGCCCGUCUAUGCCAACACUCAGGAUCUGUAUUACAACUACAGAGGAGGACCCCCCUCGGGAAACGCAGAAGACGACAUUUAUAUUGUUCCAGAUCAGUGACCCACAUAAACCCCACACCGGCUGGCUCCCCACCCCAUUGCAUCUGAUGGUUUUAUGGCUACUGGUGUGUUCAGUGCUUCUCUGGUGGAACAUCUCCCCCCCCUCAAUUCCUUCCUUCCUUCCUCC